UUUCCUCCAAUUAAAUUGGGCGCCACAAAAACCUGCAAUAAUCCGUGGCAGAGUUUCGUCCUUCCUCUUAAAUGUCGUGUUAAUUUCUCUCUUCUUCUGAUCACACACACACACACACACACACACACACACACACACACCAUUUUCACCUUCAAUUGUUCAAAGCCACAGUGUUUACUUAAUGUUCAAAACCCUCUCACAUUUUUCCUCGUUUAUUAUUAUUAUCAAGAACAAGUAACUAUGGCCCGAAUCUCGAGCCCAGACAGAAAUUUCUCCAAUUUCUCACACUGCACAAGCAUCAAAGCUUCAACCUUUAGAGCUUCUGUCAGAACCCAGCCCUUCAAUGGGUUUCCCUUCAAGCACACCUUGAAAUUUAGGGUUUUAUGCAGCGUAAAAGAGAGGGAAAGGGGAAACGCCUCACAAACACAGAGAUUACUCAGUGGGUUCAAAGUUGACAGCGAAUUGAAGGAGAAAGAUGAACUAGGGCAAAUUGGGAGCGACGAUGAGGAAUUGGGUUUUAAUUGGGAUUGGCCGCCAUGGGAGAAUCUUCCCCCGAGAUAUAAGCUCAUUGGAACUACUUCUCUUGCUUUCGUUGUCUGCAAUAUGGAUAAGGUGAAUUUGAGUAUUGCGAUAAUUCCGAUGUCGCAUCAAUUUGGGUGGAACGCUUCGAUGGCCGGAUUGGUACAGUCGUCUUUUUUCUGGGGUUAUGCACUCAGUCAGUUGCCCGGUGGUUGGCUUGCUAAAGUUUUCGGUGGGAGAAAAGUUCUCAAAGUGGGUGUUCUUGUCUGGUCACUUGCUACAGCACUGGUUCCUCUUCUUGCCGGGUUUAUGCCGGGGCUUAUUUUUUCAAGAAUUUUGGUUGGGAUAGGAGAAGGCGUUUCGCCAUCUGCCGCCACUGAUAUGAUUGCCAGGUCGAUACCAAUAGAAGAGCGUUCGCGUGCAGUAUCUUUUGUCUUUGGUGGUUUGAGUGUCGGAAGUGUAUUGGGGCUUCUUUUUGGCUCCUCCGUUAAUCCAAAAAUAUGGCUGGGGUCCGUUUUUUUACAUUUUUUGGCGCAUUGGGGAAUAGCUUGGUUUUCGGUAUUUCAGUUUGUUGGAGAAGAUCAGCCUCCAUUAAAAGCUGCUUACUUAUCAGGGCCUCAGUCUGACACUACGAAGAAGUCAUUAAAUUCCUCUUUGAAAGAUUUGGGUGGUUCCCUGAGUGAUGUACCUUGGAAGGAAUUUUUCAAAUCAAAAGCUGUAUGGGCAAUGAUUUAUGCUCACUUUUGUGGAAGCUGGGGGCACUACACCUGCUUAGCUUGGCUUCCGACAUAUUUCAGUGAGGAGCUGAAUCUUGAUCUGACACAAGCUGCAUGGGUAUCAGUUCUUCCUCCUCUUGCUUCAAUCUUCGUAACCAGCAUUGCAUCCCAAUUAGCUGACAACUUGAUCACUAAAGGGGUUGAAACCACAGUGGUACGGAAAAUUUGCCAAACGAUUGCAUUUCUAUCACCUGCUACUUGCAUGAUUCUUUCGUCAGUGAACUUAGGACUAAGUCCAUUGGAACUCGUAUCAAUUCUUACAGGUGGCUUAGCAUUAUCGAGUUUUGCACUAUCAGGACUAUACUGUACACACCAAGACAUUUCACCUGAAUAUGCAAGUGUUCUUUUGGGCAUUACUAAUACUGUUGGAGCAGUACCCGGAAUUGUCGGUGUUACCCUUACUGGUUAUCUUCUUGAUUCAACUCACUCAUGGGGGAUGUCGCUGUUUGCUCCAUCGAUUUUCUUCUACCUCACCGGUACAGUUGUAUGGUUGGCUUUUGCUAGCAGUAAACCUCAAACUUUCUCGAAGACCGAUUAAUUUAUUACAGACGAAGAAUUUUGGUCGAGAAUCCAAUUUUGUGCAGUAGGUUUAUUAUAUUCUAUAUUUAAUAAUACCAUGUAUACAAAAAUAUCAUAGGAUUUUCUUAAAUAUUUUUUAUUACAAAAUAUGUAAUUUGUAAAUUUUGUAUGGCUUCCUUACUACAGCCUGUUUAAUAAGGUGCUGUGGUAAGAGAUUUCUGUCCAGAUACGAACAAUUACAAUUA